UCUUCUUUUUCCUGUGUCUGUCUCCUGAUUGGCUGCUCAAAGUGCAGCUUGCAUGAGCCCUCGUACGCCCCAGCCGCCCCUCCUCUGGCGUGGUGGUGCUGCUGCAAGCUGCUGGUGUUGCCGUGAUGAUGAUAUCCUCCCCCUCCUACUCACACACGCAGACCAGGAGGAGAGGAGAGGCAGCAAACAAGACGGUAUCAUGACGCGAUGGCUUCAGGCUGCAAAACAGACGCUCCCACUGAUCGCCUGGAAAACAGGGAAUCAGUGGAUUCACCCUCAGUCCUCUACGAAUGAAACCAGCUGCCUCGGUUUUCCAUGAAUCGUUCCUGAAGGGGAAACAGUCUGCUAGUCGUUGGUUUGGGUUCUGUUUCAAUGGAGCAAAAAGCUGCCUGGAACUAGAAGAAUAAUUUAGAUGGGACCCACACCGAGCCGUCAGGACUGUGGGACGGUGUAGCUACCCUCAGAUCCAUAGAAGGAUGAAGUCGAAUCGCCUCGCUGACUGAAACCAAUCAAAAAGAGAGGACCAGGACAGGUCUUUUUGGACCCAGAAUGUGCAAACUGUCUCUACUUGAGGGGGUUUCUCCAUUCUCCUGAAUGAACGAUGGAGUAAACAGCCAAGAGACUCAGGAUACCUAAGCAACCCCUCUGCAAACCAACGCAGGGAACCCUGAAGGCGAAGCUCCUUCCUCCGGCUGCGGUGAGGAACGAGGACCGCCCACCACCACCACCAGGCCGCCGCUCGCACAUGGAGGCCCACCAACACUCCCCAGACAGCAGCAGCGAGGAGUGCACCGUCCUGGAGGCCACGCCCAGCAAGAACACCUGUCUGCAGCAUGCAGGGAAGGUGGCUGACCUGUACUGCGGCGCCUGUGAGUGCGCGCUGUGUGAGGACUGCCUGCCGGCCCACGAGGAUCACCCCAAGGUGGCGCUCAGCCAAGCCCUGGAGCAGCACCGGAGCCGGCUGCAGGAGAAACUCGGGGCCGUCCAGAGCCGACUCCCCCAGAUCUCAGAUGCUCUGUCCUUCGUUAAGGAGAUCCUCCAGCAGCUGACCAAUCAGAGAGCUUCCAUCGAAGAGGACAUCCAGUCCAGCUUCGAGGACCUGCACAAGCAGCUGGACGUCCGAAAGAGCGUCCUCCUGAUGGAGCUCGAAGUCACAUAUGGGCUCAAGCAAAAGGUGCUCCAAGCUCAGAUAGACAACCUGACCCGUGGAGACGGGGACAUUACGGCCGCCUGUACCCAGACGGAGGAAGCUCUGGCUGAGGAGGCGAGCGUGGCGACCCUGGAGGUGGAGCAUGAGCUGGAGGAGAGGCUGAAGGAGCUGGCUAUCCUCAGGAUGCCGUGCCAGCCGGAGGAGAACGACCAGCUGGACCUGGUGAUGGAGACAGACGGGCUGAGAAAAUCCAUUCAUAACUUGGGGACCAUUGUAACAACAAGCGCUGUGGCAAGUCAGAGUGAAGCCAUGGGUACCGGCUUGGAGCAGUGCAUUGUGGGACAUCCUGCUUCGGUUACUAUAGUGACAAGAGACAAGUCAGGCGGAGCCUGCAAGAGCGGCAACGCCAUCUUAUCUGCAGAGGUAUUCACCCCUGAUGGCAGCAUCGUCGACGGUGAGAUAGUAGACCACAAGAACGGUACCUACGAGUUUGUUUACACGGUGCCCAAGGAGGGCGACUUCUCCCUGGCUCUCCGUCUGUACGACCAGCACAUCAAAGGAAGUCCCUUCAAGCUGACCAUCGCCAAGGCGUCAGAGGUGGAGGUCGAGGUGUCUCCAUCCACCACAACAGCGACUAACUCAGCAGCCAACGCCACCCCAUCAACGGGCUCCUCCGACGGGACAAAGAGGCGAGGAAAGUCUCCCGGCCAGAAGAAGAAAGGCUCCAAGAGGGCCAGCAGCGCUCUGGGCACACCGCGACGAAAAACUCAGAAUCCCAUCGAGGACGAUCUCAUCUUCAAGAUCGGAACUAAAGGUAGAAAUAAAGGCGAGUUCACCAACCUUCAAGGCGUAGCUGCGUCCUCCACCGGCAGGAUUCUGAUAGCUGACAGCAACAAUCAGUGUGUUCAGAUUUUCUCGAAUGAGGGGGAGUUUAAGAGCCGCUUCGGGGUCCGUGGACGGUCUCCCGGCCAGCUGCAGCGCCCGACGGGAGUAGCCGUGCACCCCAGCGGCGACAUCAUCAUCGCCGACUACGAUAACAAGUGGGUCAGCAUCUUCACCUGCGAGGGCAAGUUCAAGGCCAAACUGGGCUCCGGGAGACUGAUGGGGCCAAAAGGCGUGUCCGUGGACCAAAAUGGUCACGUGAUCGUCGUUGACAACAAGGCGUGUACAGUCUUCAUCUUCCAGCUGAGCGGCAAGCUGAUCACUAAGUUUGGGAGUCGAGGCAAUGGUGACAAGCAGUUUGCAGGGCCACACUUUGCGGCGGUGAACAAGAACAAUGAGAUCAUCGUCACGGACUUUCACAACCACUCUGUCAAGGUUUUUACCGCUGAGGGAGAGCUGGUGUUAAAGUUUGGCUCCAACGGGGAAGGUAACGGCCAGUUCAACGCUCCCACUGGUGUAGCUGUGGACGUCAACGGGAACAUCAUUGUAGCUGACUGGGGCAACAGCAGAAUACAGGUUUUUGACGGCAGUGGCUCCUUCCUGUCCUACAUCAACACAUCCGCAGACCCCUUGUACGGACCACAAGGUCUGGCGCUGACCUCGGACGGACACGUGGUGGUCGCCGACUCUGGUAACCAUUGCUUCAAAGUCUACCGCUACCUACAAUGAUAAAGACUAAGCCUGGAUCAGUGAAGAAGAAGAAGAAGAAGAAGAAGAAGUAGGAGAGACGAACGAGUAGGGCAGUGGUGAGAGGGAAAAGCUCCAGCUUACAAAAUUUUAUUCCAUCUAUCAUUGCAUGACCCAGUCCUGAUGGAUGAACUGAAGACAAAGAAAAGCCAAGGAAGACGAUCGGCCUUCCUCCUUGCAUUAUCUGAACUUCAGAGGAGACGUGUGAUUUUUUUUUGUGGCUGCGAUGGGGCACGAAGGAAUGAAGCCUCCUUUGGAAAUGUAUUUCUGCAGAAUGGGAGUGAUGCAAACUGUGAAACGAUGGAUUCCUAUUUUUAAAGAUGUCUGCCCUCACCUGGAGCAGUCUGGAAAAGAUGGACCGGUUAAGUAUUGAAUGCAAGUGAAAGAGAAAUGGUUGCAGAAUAGGAUGAAGACCAUUGUCUCUGGGAAGCCACUGCAUCUUAAAACUAUAAUGUUGUGAAUGUUGGACUGGCGCAAACACAGAUGUUGAGGUCAUUUGGUGAGAAUGAUUUGGAUUGCCGAUUGUUUUAGAUUGUUCUGCCUUGAUAUACUGUAUGUAAAAGACAAAAUAAUGUCCAGUGAGGUAAAAGGGGUCCAUAGCUAUGACUUUUUUGUUUUGUUUUCCCAGAUAAAUACAAAUACUUUUCAGCUUAGACUGUCCUCAAGCGAAGAAGUCAGCUUUAACUGGUCUUGCUUUCAGUGGAGGUAUGAUGGGAAAUGUGAGUAUCUGAGAAAACAUAGACUCUGUGAGAAUACGGCCAUCAAGCAGACUAAAGGUGAAGCUCAAUGCUCUAAGCUGGUUGAGAGGCAUUAGGUAAAAUUAUCCUCUGGCAUGCACCUCUUUUAUCUUCAUGUACAUUUUUCUGAACAUAGGGGCUGUGUCCAUAUUCAGGGGCCGCAUCCUUCGUAGGCUGGUUAGGACAAGUGCACCCUUCCUUUCCCAGAUUUAAGGGAUGAAUCUGGUGUAUCCUUCGCAGCCCAAAAUUAACUUUUAAGAUGUUUUUAGACAAGAGUGUACCCAUGUAAAACUCAAAUAUCUGCUCGGUUCAGGAAGAUAUCCCUUUUAUUGCUAAAAGUGCUCCGACGUUUUCAGAGAUGUCCGUUCCUGCUGCGGUAACAGCCUGCUUGCCUCCCCAGCCGGUUGUUUUUAACAGCAUCACUGCUUCUCUGUGCUUCCAAUGUCACGGUUGCUAGAUCACAGCAGUUAUGCUAAAAGUGGGACACGCUGGUGAAAACUGGACAGCCUAAUGUCACAGCCACUUCCAGCCUAUCCGGUCUCCGUGGCCUUCGAAGGACCCGGCUUACAUAGGCCGAGACUUUCUUAAGAUGCAGCCCCUGGGUUUCGGACGCAGCUAUGGAUUGUUUUAAUAAUGGAAUGUUAUUUAUUAUUUUCCCCUCCCUCCUUUAAAAAUCUUGAAUAAUAGCCUCAUCAUUGCAAAACAACAGCUUGAAACUAAUUCUGAUUGUCUGAAUUGUCGAAUGGGCUGAUGUACCAAGAGCGUCGUCUCUGUGCUUGGUGUGUGUGUGUGUGUGCUUGUAUAUUACACAGGGGAACGCGAAAGCUCUAUAAAAAUACAAUUAUAUAUUUGUGAGAACAUCUUUAACACUAUCUGGUGAAAUCAACUUCUUCUGCUCAUUGUCUUGGCAACUGUAAAGAGAAGGCGGGGCUUCUGGAAUGUUCAUAUCUGGGUUCUCCAUUGAUGUUCGCGCUUCUAGGAUGCGUUCAGAGUUUUGUCGUCAAACUGUGCAACGUCACAGGUCCUCUCAUUGGGAAAACAAUACCUCAGUGUUGGAGAAGCAUGCUCAUGCUGUCACUGCAUGCUUCCAUUCAAGCAUUUAGGAUUACCAUGAAGUCAAGUUGCCUUCCAGUCAAACAGUGAGGAUUGUCCCUUUGGAUGCACCAAACGUGUAGAGCAUUCAGUCGCAGUAUGCUGCAGAAUUUACAGCCCAUAACUUGGUCUUACGGUUUAAAAUAGGUGUAGUGGGGAAUAACCCACUGGUCGACGGUCACAAGGCCUGUUCCCCUUUACCAGACUGCAUUCUGCUGACUUUGCAUCAUUAACUUACAUAGGGCUUUUUUUUUUUUUUUUUUUUUUGUUAGGAGACAACGCUAUCAAUGCUUGGAUUUUGCAUGCAAUAAUUAUACAGAUUUUCCAGUUUUCGUCUUGAUCUUUAAUUAAGUUGCAAACUUCAUUGAACUAGAUCUCUGUGUUGGAAACCUAACAAUUGAGAGGAAGCCGUACAAAACAGCACAUUUACUUUUUACUGUAGCGCCAUAGGCUUAUCAGUGUUGGAACUUAUGUUUUCCCAUCUGGAUAAAGACAGUAUUUCUACUUCAUCGUUCUUUAGUUCUUGUCCAAACAGCACCUGCUGCACGUACCAUGAUGAAAAUAAACAGAUUUUGGUUAUAUUGUUAUGAAAGUCAUCUUCCAGCGAGGUAUCCAUACUUCUCAAAGUGAUAACCAAUUUAUUUGAGACCUUCAAGACAUUAUAUUUUGAAACAAUGCAUUAGAAACAUAAAUACAGUUCUGUUUAUGUUGUACACUUCCAUAAACUUCCUCAAGAUGGUAUCAGAGAGUAACCAUGAUAAAUCAACAGUAAAUCCACUGCUAUUGUGUUGAUUUUUUUUAAAAUAUCUAUCCACUUUAAGCCUCUGCUCUCACACAUGGUAUUUCCAGUUCUUCUGGAGGUGUAUUGCUCUGUCAUUGGCCUGUAGCUACGAUGCUAACCCUAAUUUACACUAUUUGAUGAGAACAUUUACAGUCACAUUAGCGCAGAGCAUUAAACAACAAUACACUGCUAAGGACUGGAGGAACAUCCUUCAAGGCUUGUACCAUGGCUCAUAAACAGAUAGGAUGACGUUUAAACUAUUCCAAAUAAGUUGAAAAUAUCAAGUUGUUACCCCAGUCAAGUCCAGGAUAAACUAUCCUCCUAACCUAUGAGUUCCGCUUAUUAUUCAUUAUUAUUUAAUUAGUCUUUUGACCUUGCUGUUUGAUUGUUUUUUUUUCCACCAUGUGCAUUGAAAUUCUUAAGUGCCCGUGUUCUUUUUAUACAUUUCAUCGAUAGGUCUGAAUAAAAACGUGAUUGUCUCGGCUUUUGUAGUUGGAAUAAUUGUGCAGCCCUAUUUAUUUAUUUAUUUACUUAUUUAUUUAUUUAUUAAAACAAAGUUGUCAUGUUUUAGAGAAACAACACAAAAGCUAGCCAGUGUGUGGAAACAAAUGACCGUUGCACUUUUUAACUGAGACCAGUGGACGAAUUAAGCGCACAGCUAGUAGGUAAACAUUUACUGCAGCUCACUGGUUAAAAUCUGUGUUGUCCAGCUUUCGAUUACAAGUAAAACUCAUUCAACAACGCUAAUUAGAUCGUGGCUUUUCAGUCCACUGGCAUUCGAUCUAAAUGUUUACUACAACCAUCAGACAGCUGCAUGUUCAACAGGAGAAGUAGACUAAAAUUAACAUUCUCAUCGGUCUAUAUUGUUUGUUUUUGUUCUAUUUUAUGCUGAUUUUCAGUUUGCUGUUACUGAACUCUCUGAUUGUUAGCAACCAAAAGUGCUGCUUGGUUUUUAUCUCUCGUUGAGCUGGGUUUAGUUUUUUUUUUUUCCUUGAUAAUGAUGGUGUUAACAAAAUUAAGCUAUUUCCUAAUUUAGACCUUGUUUGCUGGAUAUUCAGCCUUAUUGUGUGUAAAUAGUGAAUGUGGGUAAAAUGAUGGCAUAAUUUCAUCAUCUUGAUUUGAAAUUCACAGCUUGGAUGAAAUGCGUCAGUAACAAAUGUGUGUUUGAUGAAAGCUUAGAGGUGAUUGGUUAAUUCCCCAGUGGAAACCCUGACUGUGAGACCGUCUCCCGCUUCAUGUACUGUUAUUGCCUGCUCCUACUCUCUUGGUGAUUUUACUGUCUGUCGUGUCUGUUCAUGUUUAAGGCCCACCUCUGAAUAUUCACACACACUCAACACUGAAAUAAAACACUGAUUCCUCUGUCA